AGUACCAAGUUAAUUUAGAUGUUUUUUUUCUAGAUGAUUUCUAAUAUGACGAUAGAAACUUUGAAGUCCUACGGUGUCGGCCGCAGGAAACUGGACGAUAAUCUUUUUGCACAAGACAAACCUCCACCUCGACUAGGAAUAUUUGAUUUGGACGAAGAGAACUUGUGCCAUGAAGUCAUUAAAACGACUUGCAGCGUCCCAGGCUGCGUUUUCACAGCAGAAACAUUAUUAGAAUUUGAGAAUCAUUACAAUGGUUACCAUAGAUACGUGUGCGCUCAGUGCAAGAAGAUUCUACCUUCGCCUCAUAUUCUCGACCUCCAUAUACAAGAAUCGCACGACUCAUUCUUCGCCGUAAUGGCCGAAAGGAAACCUUCUUAUUACUGUUACAUUGAAGAUUGUAAAGAAAAAUUCAUGAACGCCGACGAACGUAUGGACCAUUGUGUGAAAAUCCAUAAACUACCAAAAGACUUCAGAUUCGAACGAAACCAGAAAGGGAGGAAACCUAAAAUAAAGAAAGAGAAGGAAAAUGUAAGCAUGGAGGUCGAUAACGCUGUAAAAGCCGGCAAGAAAAAGAAAUUCACCUUCAAUAAUAGCAGACAAAAAGGUUUCGUUAAAUAUGAGGGUAGGAAGUUCACUGAUGACGAUAAAAUGGAGACUGGUAGUGUUAAUAUGGACGAUAUCGCUGCUGAAUUAAAAUUAAAUUUACCGGAAUAAAAAAAAAGAAUCCAUUUAUCUAUUUUUAUUUCAUUUCCACAAGCACAGUUAAUAAAUAAAGUUCAACACAUGGCAACCAGCCAAUAAAAUAUAUUUUCAGUAACAUACAUAGCAACAGUUGUUCGCAAUUUUUUCUAAUUGAGAAUUCGAGAUCACAUUAUUAGAUAUUUGAAAUUCUCCUAUACAUUGGAUUACAAUGGUGCCAAUUCUGGUGCAACACUAAACUAAAUAAUGUUUUAAACGUUAUUCCGUUGUCACAUAAAUAUAUCAGUUAAGCAUUCACAAUGCUAUAUUAAUAUUUAUCCCAUCUCGGGCCACUUUGACAUUUGACUGGUGAAUUUUAGGAAUCAUUAAAAGAACAAGAUUUAUACUGUUACCUUAAUUAUUUACAUAAUUGAAAAUCAAACUGACAGGGUUAUAACUGGUAAGGCUAGUUUGUGCAACAGAAUUGCUACCUACAAAUGUCGUACGCUUACCUUCACAAAUGCUAUGAAUAAAAUCUCAUUUCACAUCUACAAAACAUCAGAAACAUUGACAAUAAGUCUAUUUUGCUAUUAUGCAGGUCUUGGUAUCAAUUAAAUUUACUUGGCUUUGCCUUGCGCAGCAACGGCGGCCAUGGCUUUCUUGACGGUCUCCUCGUCGCCGAGGAAUACCAUUGAGUCGACCGGCUUCAUGUUCUCAUCGAGUUCAUAGACAAACGGUAUUCCGGUGGGCAGAUUCAGCUCCAUUAUAGCAGCGUCACUGAGUCCUGUCAUACAAAUAUUGAAGUUAGAAAGAAAUCUAAUAA